AUGAGUCGUGCUCAGCGUCGUUCGUGGCUGCGAGUUUGCCGUUGCCGGGCUUUGGUUCGUUUCCUGGAGCGAAAGCUCCAGGUCGAGCUUUCUGAGUUGGAGAGGUUUACUAAGUUGGGUAUUUUGUAUAAAUAAAUAUGAAAUGGUUUCAGCUCCUUGAUGGAGGUGAGGGAGGCCAGAGAGGCUGUGCGCUUCCGAGUGAGGGCCCUCCGCCAGGCGGAGGCUGAGGUGCAGGUUCGCCGGUGCAGCGUUUCGAGGUUUGUGGAAUUCGAUUUCCAAGAUGAACAUGAAAAAUUCAGAGCUCGUCGGGAUCUGGAGCAGGCCAAGUCGGCUUACUACUCCGCCCGAUGCGACGACUUGCAGCUUUAUGCUGCUCUCCAGGAGCUUGGUAGGAAUUUAUUUAUGCAUUAUGGUUAUUCAGGACUCCAUAGUAAAACUAACUCUUUUUUUUUCUGUUUGCCUUGUUUUAUUCAAAAACCUAAUUUUCGUUCAUCAGAGUAGGAUGACAGUCAAAAAUAAACAAAAUUAAAUUAAAAAAUAUGCAUUUUGGACAGAAAUUCUCAGAUUUACAAGUUGUUGCAAAGGAAGGUCUUUUCAUUCGAGUAAACAUGGUUUUUCAGGCGGAGGUGCUCCGUGA